CCCCUCGGUGGGUCCCGGCCGCGCUCAGCUGACGCCGCGCUUCACGUGACGCUGAGCAGGGCAAGCAUGGCGGUGGCCGCCGGACCUUCAUUUUGGCUGGGGAACGAAACCCUGAAGGUGCCCCUGGCACUGUUCGCCCUGAACCGGCAGCGCCUGUGCGAGCGCCUGCGGGCGAGCCCGGCCGUGCAGGCCCGCUCCGUCGUGCUGCUGCAGGGCGGGGAAGAGACCCAGCGCUACUGCACCGACACUGGCGUCCUCUUCCGCCAGGAGUCCUUCUUCCACUGGGCAUUCGGCGUGACCGAGCCAAACUGCUACGGCGCGAUUGACGUUGACACUGGAAAGUCGAUCCUGUUUGUGCCCAGGCUUCCUGCCAGCCAUGCCACCUGGAUGGGAAAGAUCCACUCCAAGGAGCACUUCAAGGAGAAGUAUGCCGUGGAUGACGUCCAGUACACAGACGAGAUCGCCAGUGUCCUGACGUCACAGAGCCCCUCUGUCCUCCUCACCUUGCGCGGCGUCAACACCGACAGUGGCAGUAUCUGCAGGGAGGCCUCCUUCGAGGGCAUCAGCAAGUUCAAUGUCAACAACACCAUUCUUCAUCCGGAGAUUGUGGAGUGCCGGGUCUUUAAGACGGACAUGGAGCUGGAGGUCUUGCGCUACACCAAUAGGGUCUCCAGCGAGGCCCACCGGGAGGUAAUGAAGGCUGUAAAAGUGGGAAUGAAAGAAUAUGAGAUGGAAAGUCUCUUCGAGCACUACUGCUACUCCCGGGGCGGCAUGCGCCACAGCUCCUACACCUGCAUCUGCGGCAGUGGGGAGAACUCGGCUGUGCUGCACUAUGGACAUGCUGGGGCCCCCAACGACCGGACCAUCCAGGACGGAGACAUGUGCCUGUUCGACAUGGGCGGUGAGUAUUACUGCUUCUCUUCUGACAUCACCUGCUCCUUUCCCGCCAAUGGCAAGUUCACCGCAGACCAGAAGGCCAUCUACGAGGCGGUGCUGCGCAGCUGCCGUGCUGUCAUGAGCGCCAUGAAGCCAGAGCUGUCUGCCAGGCAGGGGGGACUAUGCAGAGACUGCGCAAGGCAGCCACGCUCGGCUCAGCAUCGAGGCACCUACAGCCCAGGCGCACGCUGCCCCCUGCCCUUCCACAGGGUGAGUGGGUCCCCAGAGGUCCUGGCAGCAGACGGGUCUACAGUGGUGUGGGCUGGAGGCCCUCAGCCCAGCGCCAGCUCGGCCUGCCAGGCAGCUCCCUGCGGCCCACAAGCCUACCCCAGGACCCCAGCCCUGAACCUUCCCGCCUGCACCCCCAGGGCCUGGCGCACACAUCAUCCCCUGAGGGCCAUUGUCUUCAGAUGAAGUGAGCUCUUUGUUUGGAUGUGUCUGUGAGGAUGCAACUCGAGGGGCCCUCUGCUGCCUUGCUGGCUCAGCUCAGGGCCUCAGAGACCCCAAGGCUGUCACACUCUGGGCAGGAGGCCUCAAGGCAGUGAUGGAUGCUGCUAAGGCUCUGAGGAGCUGGCCCAAGCAGCAGGCCCAGCAGGCUCCCAGCCCAUCAGGAGGUGUGGCCAGAGGAGGACCAGGUGGGCACAGAAGGACAGCUGGUGACCUAGGGCCACUCUGGACACAUACUGGGGCACAAGGGUGGGGUGCAGACCCAGAGGCUACCCUGCCUCCCUGGAAUCUGACUGCAUGGAGGAGCAGGGUCGGGCACACCCAACUUUCGGGUCAUGCCAGGAGGGAGGCUGGGGUUCCUGCUAAGGCCACACGUUUACCAGGCUGGAGCAGGGCACAGGCCUCUCCCUCUCUGGGCUCAGAGGCCACGUCCAGCCAUGGCUGUGGCAGUGCAGUGCUACACUGUGGCAGGAGGAGCUCUGGCAGUACAGCAAGGAGCAGUCAGGGAGGGCUUCCUGGAGAAAGCCUCAACACAGGCCCGUGGGAGGGAUGGGAGUGAGUCUGGGAAGGUGGGGUCCUUGGAGGCGUGGUCCCGACUCAGGGAACAGCAGGUGGAAGGGAAGGGGAGUGCCAGCACUGAGGCAUUGACCCAGGAGCGGGUGAGGGAUGAGGCUGCAGAGCAAAGCCAGGCUGAGGAACUCGGGGCUCUGUCCUCAGGGUGGGGCCAGUCUGACCCAUGUGCUAAAGAGACGACCCUGGUAUUUGACUUUAUGCAGGAGGCCGUGGGGGAUGAGGCAUUGCAAGAGCCGGGGAGAAACCCGGGCCGAGGUCCAGGAGAGGUGGGGACCCGCAAGGGGUCAAGAUGCUUUGGGGAAGAGGAGACAGAUGUGCGUGCUGGAGGUGGGAGGGAGGCAGGGCACGUGACGCCCAGUCCCUGCAGCGUGAUCCCCACUGUGCGUCCCCAGUGUGAGCAGGCUUGGGGGACCGCCGAUGCCUUCUGGCCGGUCGUGUGGGCUCUGAGGUGCCUGGGGCUGCCGCGGGAGGGGAGCCCCGCAGUCAGGCCAGGGGCUGCCCCCACCGUGGUCUGGGCCUGGCCGGUGGGGGGCCCUGUGGCAUGUGCCCACCCCAUAGCCUAGCCCAAGGACAGUAACCUCCACACACUUCAGGGGCCUCUGCCCUGGCUGUGGGUGUCGUAACCACCAUCCGGGCCAGACACUGGGGCCAAAUUGCUGGAGGUUUAAUCACUGUCACAACCCUAACCACACACAGGCAGAAACUCCCACUCCGGGCCAAGAGUGCUGUGUGGAAGGCCUUCCCCGAGGGUGCACGGGCGAGGAGACUUGAGGCGCCGCGGGGACCGCCUGGGCCCGUGCAUCCGGCCCCCACAAGGGGCCGUGAGGACAGGAGAGGAGCCGAGCUGCCGGCACGCAGCAUGAUUUAUACCUGCCUCCCGCCCUCUGCCGAGGCCCCGCGCUGGAAGUGAGCCCGGAUUGUAGUCAGGCUGUUUCCUGGGGCUCCUUUGUGGUGACCAGAAAAGACCCCUGCCCCAGAGAAAUGAGGCUGCGCAGGGGUUGGGGCAUCGGCCACCACACAGGACGCCCUUCCUCAGCCCUGGGGCCAGGCCGGCUGCCGGAGCCGAGUUUGCAGAGCCUAGGGAAGAGUGCCGCCCCUGACCGGGUGCUCACUCUGCUUGGCCCCGGGGUGCCCUGGAGGCAGCCACUCCUCUGUGGGAGGACGAGAAGCAAGUGGGCAGGCCCGUCUAGUGGACAAGGGACAAGGGGGAAUGUGCACAGGGAAAAAGCAUCACGACAGCACAGAGAGCAGCUGGCUGGGGAAGGUCUCGCCAGGGAGGGGCCGACUUACAGGAACCCCCUCCGCCCCCCGCCCCCUCGCUGAGGGUGAAGAGUCACAGGCCUGCCCAGUGCAGUCCAUCAGCAGAGUCUGAUGCAGAGUCCUUCCGGAACAGGCGGCCUGGCCUGGGGAGGCCAGGUGGGGUGGGGGGAUCUUAGAGGAGAGCGAUCCCUGAGGCCGGGGCAGGCUUGCCUUGUGCCCCAGGAACACAGUGGACUUGAAGUUUGAAUCCAGGGUCUGGUUGGCCUGACGGUGAUGGAAGAAUAGUGGCUAAUGACAGUUUUUGGGGGGACACUGACCCGGUCCACUGGUAGACGCCAGAGCCCCUUCGGCUGGCUUUCUAGGGCCAACAUUGUGGCCGUGUGACAAUACAGGCAUCUGAGGCUCACGGAGGUGAAGCCUUAAUCAGGUCACACAGCAGGUGAGCAGCCGAGCGGGGCUCCAGUUGCCGGGGUCUCCAUUUCAGGAUGCAGACCAUCAGGGGUGCGGCCUGGCCUCUCCCUCCGUGCUGCUGUGGUCACUGCCAGACUCCAGACCCCAGGAUGCCACCCCCACCUCAGCACCUCGUGGGCCGAGGCAGACAGAGCCAGACUCUAAGGAGGCCCACUGUCUCUUGGGACAGGUCUGGGCGUCCUUCACUCGGCUUCUCUGCGCCUUGGGCCAUGGACUGGCCAGUGCCCUAUGAACUGGCCAGGAUGCAACCUCACCCGCUUGCUCAGAGCCUGGAUCCUGAGGAUCCAGGAGGUUGGAUCAGCCCUGUGCCUCCAGCCCACCCAAGACCUCAACUGUGGGGCUCUGUCUGGCAGGGAAGGGGCCCCCGCGUGGGAGACUCGUGCACAGCGAGUGUGUCAGAGAGAUGAUGGCCUGUGUCCCAGGGUGGGCUCUCAUCUGUCUCUACCCCUUGAGCCCGUCGUCUGCCCUCUGCCAGUCACAAAAGUUCAGAGAGCCCUGAGCCCAGACCCUGGUGGCCCAGCCCUUACCAGCGCAAGGUCCAGUGAGGCCCCUCGUGGUAUGGAGUCCCUGCCAGUGCUCCCGUCUUAUGGCAGUGGUCAUCAGAGAUGGGGGAUAUGGAGAGCAGGGCAUGGUGGGGAGGCCCCUUGGGAGCCAGGGUUGCUCCCCACGUGCAGGGGGCCACAGCACUGCACAGGGGUGCAGGACCCCACCCUGUCCACCUGGCCCUGCGUGUCAUGGAGCCACUGGCCUCAGCCAGCACGUCUUGCCCCAAACUCAGCCCUCAUGGGUUGGGGCAGGGAGCUUCACUGGCCUAGGUCCUUGUCUGGUGCUUAGGCUGGGAGCCCAGUGCCAGUGAGCGAGCCUGAAGCUGGGGAUUCCACGGAGCCCAGCGGGCAGGGCAGGCAUGCCCCAGUAAUGGCUGUUGCUCUUUGAGGGUAGCUUUCCGAGAGCCCUAGGCUGUCCCCCAGGGCCUUUCAGGAGGCCAGACAGGCCUGAGCCCCACAAAGCCUGCGCACCCCGAAACUCAGUGUCUGGGGCUGCUUUCCACAGUGAUCUUUGCCCCAGAAAUGUGGGGCAAAGAUGAGUGUGAUUAGCAGCCUGGGCUUGGACAGCUGGGCUGCCAUAGAGACAGUCACCAGCGCUGGGAGCAGGCGGGGCUGCAGACCCUGCCAGGCAGCCCAUGAGGCUGUGCCAGCGCACCUUCUCCCCAGAAACCUUUGCUCUCCACAGCUGCUCCAAGGGUGACUCAGCCCCGUUCGGGGAUGUGCAGGGAUGUGUUCCUCCCACAGUCCCAGCUUCCCCCUGGCCCACAGCCUGGAGCUCUGAGACAGCGUUCGGACCUGAGCCUUGGUCUGGGGCUCACUGAGGCCACCCCACAUCUGCUGUUGGGGACAUACACUUUCUCCUCCGGAUGCUCAGGCACCUUGCUGGGCUCCCCUGGCCCCAGAAGCACACAUGGGCCAAGGGUGGUCACAGCAUGGGCUGAGGAGUAGAAUGAGCUGGGCCCCUGUGGGAAGCAGGUAUUUGAGUGCCCCUGGCCAUGGAUGACAGAAGCCUACCCCUGAGGGCACGAUGGAGAGUGAGGAACGGUCUCAAGAUCCAGAGCUGGGGCUGGGAAAGUCCUGCAUGGAGGGCCGCCCCAGGCCAUGUCACCCCUACCCCUCACCUCAGGCCCUCCAGCCUCAGCCAGUGCGAGGGCUUCGCAUGUCCCCGAACUUUGCCCAGGGGAGCCCUGGCCAGGCUGCCAGUCUCCACAGCUCAUUGCAGCCUCCUUCUGAG